CGAUAGUAACGCGUGAAGUACUGGAUACAGACACACCUGCUGUCAUCUCUCUCUGUAUGUCGGAUUUUCCGUCUUGCAACAGGGAGAUGCAGCUUUUAUAUAUUACAGAAUGCAUUGAAGACUGCCGAUUUACUCGGAAGGGAGUGCUACAGAUGGCAGGUGUUUGUUUAGGUUUUGUCCCUACCGCUGUAGUUUAUGCAUCUGACUGAAGCAAGCUAGUAAGCAGUGAUGCAUCAGAUCAUUGAAGUGCAAAACCCAAUUCUGGACAUGGCCCUUAAAAUGACAAAUCGCAGCAAGUGUGGAAAGUUGCAGCAGGCUUGCUACAAGGUGAGAUCCUUAAAGGAGAAAAUAGAGAAAGAAAAAGGAUCAGAUUCCUAUCCAGCAACAGGACAGAAGCUCAUCUAUGCAGGUAAAAUCCUAAACGAUGACAUACCUAUAAAGGACUACAAGAUAGACGAAAAUAACUUUGUCGUAGUCAUGAUAACCAAGCCAAAGGCAUCACCUUCUUCACCUGCGCAGCCCCCAAGCCAAGCAACCCCAACUCCUGCUGUAACAAGCACCCCCACCCCUGUACCUGCAGCAUCAGAAGAUGCCCCAGCUACCGAAGCAGUGCCCCCUGUGGCUCCCCUUUCCACUGCAGCCCCCCUCAGCACAGACGCAGCGGCAGCAGCACCUGGACUCCUCGAUACCCCCACUGAGGAAAAACCCAAAGAGGAAACAAAAGAGCCCGCCGUCGCCCCAUCAGUCUCCUCCAGCAUUGAAGAUCUUAAUCUUUUAGAAGAAGCAGCGUCUAUACUAGUUACAGGGCAGGCAUAUGAAAAUCUGGUCACAGAGAUCAUGUCAAUGGGGUACGAAAGGGAGCAGGUGAUCGCUGCGUUAAGGGCAAGCUACAAUAACCCUGACCGGGCAGUGGAAUACCUUCUCACGGGAAUUCCAACAGAACCUGACCUUCCUCCAAAAGAGGCAUCCCCUCCAGCUCCCGCCCCCAAUCCCACGCCGCAGCCAAUAGAGAGACCCGCCCCAGCCGGGAGUGGAGAUGCAUUGUCGAGUAACCCUCUGCAGUUCUUGCGAAGCCAGCCCCAGUUCCAGCAGAUGCGACAGGUCAUCCAGCAGAACCCAGCCCUGCUGCCUGCAUUGCUGCAGCAGCUCGGCAGAGACAACCCCCAGCUCCUUCAGCAAAUCACGCAGCACCAGGAGAGGUUUGUGCAGAUGCUGAACGAGCCUUUCGGAGAGUCUGUCGGAGAAGGAGAGGGAGAGGAAGCGGAAAGUCAAGGGUCCUCUCAGACAAACUACAUCCAGGUCACACCUCAAGAGAAAGAGGCAAUAGAAAGGUUAAAAGCCCUGGGGUUUCCAGAAGGACUUGUUAUUCAAGCUUAUUUUGCCUGCGAGAAGAAUGAGAACCUUGCAGCUAACUUCCUCCUGCAGCAGAAUUUUGAUGACGAGUGACCCGCGCCUCUCUCUCUCUCUCUCUCUCUCUCUCUCUGUCGUGUUUAUAAGUGUCGACUGGGAGGGGAGUGCAAGAAGGCCGUGAUGAGCUUUCUCUCUGGACAAAGCCAUGAUGUGAAAAAAAAAACCCCAUUGAAGUGUUUAUUUUUGAAUAAAUGUGAACCAAUGCACACAACAACCACCACCUACUUCCAUUGCUAGGGUCGCUGCCUAGUGUUUAGAUUUACCAAGUGGCAUUUAUUAUUGUUAAUAUUAUUAUUAUUAUUAUUUUAAGUUCAAGUAUGAUGUUGCUGUUUCUUUUGCUGUACCCCCGAGAUGAAAGCUAUGAGCAAGGCAGCAUAAAAUGACAAUCAGGUGUUGUAUAAACAUGGAUUAUUCAAGACCGAUUAGAGAAAGCCACAUGCAGAGUUGCUUGGCACUUGCUGCCAUUGUUGACAAAAAAGUUUGCUAUAUUACAGUUGCAAAUAUACGUGUUUGAGUACAAAAAAAAAUAACAAGGAGAAGGAUUUGAAAUAAUGGUACUAAAGUGAAUUUCUUUUAGACCGGGGUACAUGAUACUAAAGUCCUGAGGCUCCUUGCCCUGAAAUUGGAUCAUAUUGCUAAUGGCAAAAAUGCAUGUGGCUGAUUUCUCUUUAUAGAAAAUAUAGUGAUUUAAAAUGUAAAGCACAUUUUUCCAAUAGGCAACACAGUCUUAACUGUAACACCAGGAGAUGCAUGGCACACAGUAAUGAAAUAGGGACUGGAAUAGAGGAACAGUGGAGUGCUCUUGUACAACGUUCUUGUUGGUACAGGACUGUUGAAGCUUUAGUGCAAGUGUGUGUUAUUCCCAAGUUAUCUGGUCUUGUGUACCCCCUUCCUUAUUAGAUUUUUAGAAAUUUUAAAACAAUUUGUAUUAACUAUGGAGUCUGAGUAGUUACCCCACCGUAACUUUGAAAAAAAAACAAUGCCUUUCUGCAUUAUAAAAUAUUGAAAUAAAGUACGCCCUGUUUCAAAAUCAUGAAGUAUAAACCGAUACAGGUGCUUCAAUGUAUAGGUACGGUAUUUAUUUAUUUAUUUUGCAUAAGCGUUCCUCAGCCUACUUUAACAUGUCAGUUCUUACGAUUUGUAAUCUGCAGUGCUGUCAGAAGCAUUAACAUAAGGGAAAUCUCUGAAAGUUAUUAAAAGGGCAAUCGCUCAACUGUAAUGAAAUCUUAACUGUUUCAUAACUGUUAUGAAACCGUUACUGGGCGUGUGCUCUGAUCAAACUGCAGAGGACGGUUGCGGGCGGGGUUUGUCAUGAUGAUUUAUUUAGUCGUGCCAUUUGUUUUUAACUUAAUGUGAAUCAAGCUGUAUUUGGUACAAAAUGACAUGAAUACUCAGCGGAAAAGCUGUGGGCAAGAUGACAUCGUGUUAUAAUGUGCAGAGUGCACUUCUUGCGUAAUAGUUUAUUCUCAGAGUCCUGCCGCGCUGGUAUAUUCUGUUGUCUAAUGUGUAUAAUUGAUCCUUGCUGUUACAAUGUGACACUUUAAAAUUGAAAUAGAAACGCGAAUGCUACCGUAAGACUUGGAAGAGUUGCACGGUUUUCAUGAGCUCAUGCGAAGUGUAGAAAUAAUGUAGAUCAUGCAAGCGUGUAUUUUUCAGCUGUCAAUUUUUACUGAUUUGAAUUUUAAGUUGUUCUGAUGGCUUUUGCAUGUCUCAUGUUUCAUUUUGUUUUUCUGAUGAAGUUCAAUGCUAGCCUUCACUGCAGAUCACCUCUUGAAGACUCAGUGUGUAAUUGCUAAAUUGUUUCUGGGUGGAUUUCGUUUCAGCAUUAUGUACAAUAAAUGGCUUUUAUGAAGCUUUAAAACAUCA